CAGGUCUCACAUGGACGACGACCUUAUUAGGUGGAGAUGUAACAAACCUAAUUAUGACGUUGUCAAUGAACUUUAUCUGAAGGAAAGAUCAAAGACCCACAAACCUAACUCUGUGGAGAAGACAAUUGAGAAUUUAGUGAAGACCUUCGAGAUGGAGUUAACAAAUAAGAAGAUUCCCAAAGAAUGGAAGAGUAUCGCAUACGACGUUUUUAAAAUGCAGAUAAAUGGUGGGAAAUACUUCAGCGCAGACGAGCUUGCAGACGUCGGUAGCUACAACGCGCUUUUGGCCGAUGCACCUCUGUUCAAGGCAACAGGCGAAAAGCAGGAGAUCCUUCAUGGGCAGUAUAAAGAAGCCUUUCCUGGUGGAUUUGCCUGGGAGGUGCUGGAUGUCAUCUCAGGUCCGCCUGUGGUAACGUUUACUUGGCGGCACUGGGCCGAGUGGACCGGACCUUACAAGGGGGUGUCGCCCUCUGGCGAGAGGGUUGAAAUGAAAGGCUGCGCCAUCGCUACUGUGAACGAAAAACCGCAGAUUGAAGAGUUGAAAGUCUACUUCGAUCCCAACACUAUUCUGGCCACCUUACAGAAGCUGAACAAAGGAACAAAUGAGGGAAUCGCCAGAUGUCCCUUCCACAAGAAUAUGAUGUAA